AUGGCCCAAUCGGUUCCGCCCGGAGACAUCGCCACGCAGCCGAAUGCGAAGAUCGUGUUCAACGCGCCGUACGACGACAAGCACACGUACCACAUCAAGGUGAUCAACUCGUCGGCGCGUCGCAUCGGCUACGGAAUCAAGACGACGAACAUGAAGCGUCUCGGCGUGGACCCGCCGUGCGGAGUGCUCGACCCCAAGGAGGCUGUGCUUCUCGCCGUCUCGUGCGACGCGUUCGCCUUCGGACAGGAGGUAAGGGGGGAGCUUCUAGAACUUCUAGAACGUUCCGGACACUGUUUUAGACUAAUGGAAGCUUCAAUUAGAGCUCUUCUAAAACCAAUGUUUUUUUCCAGGACACAAACAACGACCGCAUCACGAUCGAGUGGACGAACACACCCGACGGCGCCGCCAAGCAGUUCCGCCGCGAGUGGUUCCAGGGAGACGGAAUGGUGCGCCGCAAGAAUCUGCCGAUCGAGUACAAUCCGUGA